AUGGGGGAAGAAGGCAGCGGCCGCAGCUGUGGGAUCACCAGGGACCUGCAGAAGCUGAAGCAGCAGGCGAUGGCGUACUACCAGGAGAAUGACGUCCCCCGCAGGCUGGAAGAGCUGCUCAACUCCACCUUCUACCUCCAGCCCGCGGACGUCUACGGGCACCUGGCAAACUACUUUUCUAAACUUGCAAAGCCUCCCUCCAUAUGCAAAGUAGCGGGAAAAAUCAUACUGGAUGGACUGGGACUUCCUACUCUCCAGGUGGAAAUCUCCUGCACCAUCCAAAACCUCCCCAAGUACAUCUGUUCCGUGGUGAUACCUGCACACUUUGAAGUCCCAGAGAACGCCCCGCCAGAGGUGGCAGACGCCGAGGAGACAGAACGGCACCUGGCAGUGAGCACGGCUCUGCAGUGGGUCAAUGAAUGCAUGACAGAGGAGCUGUGCGGUCUGGUCCCCUCCAACCAGGCAGAGGUAGACCACAGGCUCAGGCUAUUUUUUGAAAAUAAAGUACAAGAAGAUAAAGAGAGAAAAGAGUUGGAAAGGAGCCUUGAGGAGUCAGUGCCCGUACCUCCACCUGUAAUCCUGCCACCACCUCCUCCACCUCCCACCAAGAAGAAAGGGCAGAAGCCAGGACGGAGGGACACGCUUUUGGAAAAACCUAUUAUCCCCCCAGAACCCCCUGAACCCAUCCUCCACGGUAGCAUGGCCAUAGGCGCUGUUUCACUAGCGGUGGCGAAAACCAGUGCCAGCCUGGCCAGUGUCCCUCUGUACAUGAACAUUGCAUCCCUGAAGCAUGGCCAGGAGCAGCCAUCAGCCACGACACUCACCAUGCCUCUGCUGAUGGGAUCUGUGCUCAGCUGCGGGAAGGCAUCACCUGGGAAGCUAAACUUAAUGAAGGAAGUGAUUUGCAUCCCCCAUCCUGGAUUAACAACCAAACAAGUACCUGACUCAGCUAAGACAGUUUUCCUACUUCCCCCGCCCAAUCCUCCACCAUUGGGCAUAGAGCUGCUCCUGGAAAUUCAGAAACAAAUCAACAGAGUGAUUGAGACGCUCCCACCUCCAAAACCAGAGACCAAAAAGGGGCAUGAUGGGGGCAAAAGAGGUCAGCAGCCGAUCACGGGCAAGAUGUCCCACCUUGGCUGUCUAACUGUUAACUACGACACCAUAGAGCAGCCGCUGCUUCUUAUCCAGGGGAUCUGCUCGAAUCUGGGGCUAGAGCUGGGAAUGAGCCUGCACCUGGCCAUCAACUGCGCUGCGCACGAGUUAAUGGACUACAGCAAGGGAAAGUACGAAGUGAUGGCGGGCACGUACAAAAGCAUGGCUGAGAUGGUGGACCUGUACGUGGAUCUGAUCAACAAGUAUCCUGCCAUCAUUGCCUUGAUUGAUCCCUUCAGGAAGGAGGACUCUGAACAGUGGGACGGCAUCUAUGCUGCUCUUGCUUCUAGGUGCUACAUCAUUGCAGGGGCUGCUUCCAGAAGCGUCUCUAAACUCCUGGAGCACAGGAAUACCAGCACCCCCAAAUCCCACGGGCUGGUCAUAAACCACACAAACCAAACCACCAUGUCUGACUUGGUGGAAAUAACCCAUCUUCUCAAUGGUAAAAAGCAGCUUGCGGUCUUCGGGAGCACGGAGGCAGAGUCCUCUGAUGACAGCCUUGUCGAUCUGGCUGUUGGACUCGGCGCCCGGUUUAUCAAGUUGGGGGGUCUUUCUCGGGGUGAACGAGUGACCAAAUACAACCGCCUUCUCGCUAUAGAGGAAGAACUCAUCCAGAGUGGAACACGGGGUUUCAGUGAAGAACACAAUUUUUCUUCCUUCCAAGAGGAUGCUGAAAAGACACCAGAGGCUACUGCCACAAUGGCGGAGGAAACUCUUGGGCCCCUGGACUCCAUCUUCCCUACAGAGGUUGUGGAGGAAUCAGCUAAGCCAUGAGCUUCCUGGGGCUGGACUCCGGAGCAUACUAAUAUCACAAGUGUUGGCUAGCCGGCGUGAAGGGUGUCUCCACGCUGGCUCAACUCCUAGCUCCACCAGCUUGGGCACGCAUUUUAUUCUUUCAGCUUCACCAUUGGAUAAAGUAAACCCCUGGUGGUUUUACCUUAAGUUCCAUGAACUUUAUUUUACAGCCAUCACAUUGCCAUGGGGACACAGGUUCUACUGUCUAAAUCUGAAGGUCCUGACCUGACUUCAUUAGAGGCUAAUACAGUGUGAUGCUAGGCCCAUACUCAGUCAGGCACCGUACCCUUCUCAAGUCAGAACACCUUCGAUAGCUCCCAGUGCCCCACAGGCAUCCACUGAUUGUAUUAGUACCUCUGCUAACUUCACAUGGUUUUCAUAGCCAGCCACAUGCGCCAAGCACCACGGGGCAGCACCACAGGGCUGUCUGCAGCAACACUUUCUUUCCUCUUAGCUUCUUCCUACUCUUGAUUGCCUUCCACCCAUCCUUUCCUCUCAGGUUUUCGGCAUUCCCGUAUGACCUUUCUCCUUAGAUCCUUUCUGGAACAGAGUUGGGUAUAACUUAAUAAGCACAUUUGCAAAUGGAUAUUCGUAGCAUCGUCCAGUGCCCUCUUAUUUACACCACAGCAUGAAGAAAGGAGCAGCAAGUGGUUAAAACGAUGAUGACAAAUUCAUGUUGACAGAGGCACCUCUUCUGUGAGUCAGCGCUGGGCUUUUAGUACCGAAGUGAAUAAUCAAGUAGGGAGACAAUAGUAGCCAACCCCUUACAUUAUCACGUCCUUUGUUAGGUGAGUUAGCA